AUGGUUGAAUAUUCCGAGCUAUGGGAUGUCAUAUGUGAUGGACCCUUUGUCCCUACCAAAAACCUUGGUGACCCACCUAUAUCAGCAUGUCAGUUAGCCAAAGAAAUCUGGGAAGCCCUUCAGACAGCUCAUGAAGGAACAAUACAGGUCAAGCAAUCCAAAAUCGACAUGCUCACAACUGAAUACGAGCUCUUCAGGAUGAAAGACGAUGAAUCUGUCCAAGAAAUACAUACGCGGUUCACCUCCAUCAUUAAUGAGCUUCACUCUCUUGAUGAAACUAUUCCAAGAAACAAGCUGGUUAGAAAAAUCCUCAGUGUGUUGCCCAGUUCUUGGGAAAGCAAAGUGAAUGCCAUUACAGAGGCGAAGGACUUGCAGGAGCUAACUAUUGAUAAGCUUGUUGGCAAUCUAAAAACAUAUGAAAUGAAGAAGAAAAGGGACAGUGAAAGAAGAGAGCCCAAAAGGGAGAAGAACCUGAUCCUCAAGACAGAAAGCAAUGAUUCAAGUGGUGAGGAUGGUGAUAUGGCAUACCUGACAAGAAGAUUCCAGAGGAUGGAUCAGUACAAGAACAACUCUGACAAAGCAGCCAAAAGGAACUCGGUUCCUGAUAGACGCUUCAAUAGAAAAAAUACCGCUGACAAUGUCGUGAGACAAGCUCUUGCUGCAUGGGGAGAUUCAUCAAGAGAAUCUGGAGAAGAUGAUGAACCAGGUAGUAGCUCUAUGAUGGCAGUAGAAAGUGAAGCAACCGAGUAUGAUUCAAUUUUUGCUUUGAUGGCCCAGCCAGAUGAUGAAGAUGACGAUGAUGAUGAGUCUAGAGAUGACCUAGUAGUAGUUGCAGUUGAUUUAAGGGAGACAAUUGAGAACCUGAAGAAAGAAAAAGAUGGCUUAGGUGAGAAAGUUUUUAGUAUUGAGCAUAAGAGAGAUGACCUCCUAGUGGUGGUAAUGGAUUUAAAGAAAACAAUUGGGGAACUUGAAAUGGAGAGCAGUCACAAACCUGUAACUGGUGAGGUGGUGCUAGUGGCAAAAAGAUACAAGAAUAUCUAUGUAGCUGAUUUUGAGUCUCUGAAGAAUGGUGAUCUAAGCUGUCUAAGUGUUGUUGAUGAUGAUGCUGAAUUAUGGAUCAAGGAUGAAACCUUUGAAGUGUUUGUUGCUUUUGUCAAGAAGAUCCAGGUGAAGAUGGGUAAUAAAGUAGCCUGCAUCAGGUCUGAUCAUGGGACGGAGUUUGACAAUGUCAAAUUCGAUGAGUUCUGCACUGAAAAUGGCAUCACUCACAAAUUUUCAACUCCAAGAACACCUCAAUAA